AUGAGUGACCCCAACAACACCUUAGUGACAGAGUUUGUCCUGCGGGGCUUCCCAGAACUCUGCCACCUGCAUGGGCUAUUGUUUGGAUCCUUUCUGACCAUCUAUGUGGUGACCAUUCUGGAGAACUUGGUUAUUGUGGUGGUCAUCAGAGCCAGCCAUCAGCUGCACACACCCAUGUACUUCUUCCUAGCCAACCUGUCAGUGCUGGAGACACUGUACAUCUCAGUCAUUGUCCCUAAACUGCUGGCUGGCCUCCUGGUGCAGGCAAAGACCAUCUCCUUCUCAGGGUGUCUCACCCAACUGUUCCUUUUCCUCUCACUGGGCUCUUCUGAAUGCUUCCUUCUGGCCACCAUGGCCUGUGAUCGGUACCUGGCCAUCUGUCACCCACUUCGAUAUCCAGCCAUCAUGGACUCAAGGCUGUGCCUGCAAUUGGCCCUCAGUGCCUGGCUUGGUGGCUUCCUGGCCUCAUUUGUGUCCUUGGCUCUUAUUUCUCGCCUCAGGUUCUGUGGCCCCAACAUCCUCAAUCACUUCUUCUGUGACAUUUCCCCAUUGCUGCAGCUCUCCUGCUCAGACACCACUGCCAUUGAGACGCUGGACUUUGUGGCAGCCCUGGCUGUACUUGUGACCUCCUUGCUGGUGACGGCAUUCUCCUAUGCCCACAUCCUGGUCACAGUGUUGAGGAUCCCAGGAGGGGCUGGUCGCCAGAAGGCCUUCUCUACCUGUGCCUCCCACCUGGUGGUUGUGGCGAUCUUCUACACCACCACCAUCUUCAUGUAUGCCCGUCCUCACGCUGCCAGCUCCUUCAACCUCAACAAGCUGGUGUCCGUGAUCUACUCAGUGGUGACUCCACUAAUCAACCCUGUCAUCUACUGUCUGAGGAACCGAGACAUCAGGGAGGCCCUGGUCAAACUCCUCCGGACAUCUGGCCCUUCCUGA